AUGUCAAAGUGUGGCACUCAGGCAGGGGCUGAGAAAGGCUUUGAUGCUACCACUUGCAUUUGGAAGAAGAACCAGGAUGACUUUGAGUGUGUAACCACUCUCGAGGGCCAUGAAAAUGAGGUCAAGUCAGUGGCUUGGGCCCCAUCUGGCAACCUCCUGGCCACUUGCAGCCGAGAUAAGAGUGUUUGGGUCUGGGAAGUUGAUGAAGAGGAUGAGUAUGAAUGUGUCAGUGUUCUCAACUCCCACACACAGGAUGUCAAGCAUGUGGUGUGGCACCCAAGUCAGGAGCUCUUAGCUUCUGCCAGCUACGAUGACACAGUGAAGCUGUACCGGGAGGAAGAGGAUGACUGGGUAUGCUGUGCCACCCUUGAGGGCCAUGAAUCCACUGUGUGGAGCUUGGCCUUUGACCCGAGUGGCCAGCGCCUGGCGUCUUGUAGUGAUGACCGCACUGUGCGCAUCUGGCGUCAGUAUCUACCGGGCAAUGAACAAGGCGUGGCAUGCAGCGGCUCUGACCCCAGUUGGAAAUGUAUCUGUACUUUGUCGGGCUUCCACUCAAGGACCAUUUACGACAUUGCUUGGUGUCAGCUGACAGGGGCUCUGGCUACAGCUUGUGGGGACGACGCAAUCCGCGUGUUUCAGGAGGAUCCCAACUCGGAUCCACAACAGCCCACCUUCUCCCUGACAGCCCACUUGCAUCAGGCCCAUUCGCAGGAUGUCAACUGUGUGGCCUGGAACCCCAAGGAGCCAGGGCUGCUGGCCUCCUGCAGUGAUGAUGGGGAGGUGGCCUUCUGGAAGUACCAGCGGCCUGAAGGCCUCUGAGCUACCUUGACUUCUGACAGAGUAAUGACUCCCCAGAAAACGCCGUAAGACUUUCCCAGCCCCUGAGAGGACCAGGAGGAGCAUCCUUGACCUUCAUUUAACUUGGCUCACUUCUCUUCAGACUUGGGUAGAAGUACGGAGCCACAGAAUUGCUCUCCUUCCCCUCCUUUGACGUGAGGCCUUCAGUAAAGAGCUACAGAACAUCAGUACCUUGUUAUACCACAGAUUUUUCUUGCAGUAGGGCACAGUGUUAAAUUUUUUGGAGGUAAAUAUACUAUUUAUAAUCAUUAUA